AUGUCAGAAAACUUCGGCGAAGCAACGUAUGUUAGCGGACGCCAUCGGAAAAACCCUGUACUCAUUUACACAAGUCGAACAGACCGUAACAAAGUUUAUGAAUUUAUGAUCGCAACGAAAUAUAAGAUACCUGGACUAGUUUCUUGGAAAUGUGUAUCAUGCUCAAAAGUGAAGAAUGGUUAUCGAAAUUUAGGUGCUGAACUGAAGCGGAAAGUUCCGUUGAUCCUAGUAGACAACGAUAUCAUCAAGGAAGAUCCAGAGAGACCCCUCAAUGCUGAGCAUUUUUGUAACGGAAAAGGUCAUCUCGAAGCAGUAGUUGAUAGAGCUAGAAUUGAUUUUGUACAUAUGCAUGGACACGAAGAACCGAAUAGUGCACAAAUUCGUGAAACCAUUCAACAUUUUGCAAAAGAAGCUGCAUCCACAGCACCGAUCCCAUUGAACGGGAAAGAAAAACGAGAGGUACAACGGACACUCGGUGCGAAAUGUCUACCGCUUUUACAUGGUGUUAAUAAGCGAAGAAUGUGUAAAAAGAGAAAAGAAGCUACGCAAGCUCAAUUUCGAGACAACGAAGAAGGAAUAUUGGAACAUGGAGAAGGUUCUUCUUCUUCAGUUCAACAUCAGCAGGUCAAAGAUGACAGGUCAUCGAACAAAAUAAAUGAAAAAACUGGGGAAGUUCAGGAAGAUUUUCAAGAAACACCCAGAAAACGUCGGAAAGCAGCGAGCAAGUUUCCACCAUUUUCAUCUCCAACGCAACAGCCUCUUUUGGUACGACCAUUGCCGCCCAUGUAUUACGUCCGCACGGGCAUGGCUUCGCAAGUUCUUCCACACCAGCAUCAUCAUCAUGAUUCUCAUCAUCAUUCAAUAGAUUAUUAUGAGGAUGUAGAGAUUGAAGAAGAAGCUAGAGAACACGUAUUCGACGAUGAAGAGCUCAUUUCGGGUGACCAGCAACAAGUGGCGUAUAGCAUUGAACUUUAAAGUACAUUUCUAGCCUUCAUAUUUUGUAACAUUUGUUGGAAUUUCACAGUUUUAUGCAAUUACAUGUAAUUAGAUUCCCAAUUUGUGCAAAGGCCGUCAACACGUGACAUGAAGUCUGUUUCGCUUCUCUGCACCCUCCCGUUUCACCCAUUCACAUUAUUUUUCACCAUUCAUCAGCUGGUUUUUUUGUUGCUUUUCUUUUCCGCCUCCCUGUCAAUUGUUGUUUUGACGCAGUUUCCUUAUUUUCUCCUUUUUAGUUUUUUUUCUCAAAAA